GGUUCUUACCUAAUGAAGUACGCCUACCAAUAACAGAGGAGGAUAGACAGCUUUUUCGAAAAUUAAUAGCAGAGCAAGAAGAGAUAACAGAUGUUGUAAUGGAUGAGUAUCGAUUUUUACUUCAUUAUGGACAUAACUUUAAGGGUGAAGCGCCUUCAACAAACAUAUCAAAAAAAAUUCUGGCCCAUAUUGAAAAAAGAUUCGAAGGUUUACCACUUGCUCCAGUUGUCAUAGUCGAGUAA